GCCAAUUCCAAAUGAUUGUGAGCAACAGGAAGGGAGAGGUUGUUUAACAAACAGCAAAAUGUGUCUACCAAGGCAAGUGAUUGCUAAAGCAUACUACACCUUCCUUGCUGUUGUUGGUGUUCCUGUUAGUCUAGUGGUGAUUGUAUUCUUAUCUUGGGACAAGUGUGGUCUAUCGACAUGCACCACUCGCUAUCUGGUAGCCAUGGCAGUGUUUGAUCUACUGUUCAUUAUUUUUGAUGUCAUACUUAUUCGGUUUACUUACUAUUAUUAUCCACGGUCUUUCCUGAAUAUCACUGCUGUUUGUAGUGUCAACAACAUUCUCUCUAACCUUGCAAUUGAUUGUUCUGUCUGGUUCACUGCUGCUUUUUCUUUUGAUCGUUUUGUCGCCAUUUGUUUUCAUCAGAUGAAAACUAAGUAUUGCACAGAGAAAACUGCAAUGAGGGUUCUAGCAACAAUCUGCAUUUUCUUUUCUUUAAAGAACAUUCCCAACUACUUUCGAUUUGAACCUAGCGAGAUCAUCAAAAAUGUUUCAUGGUAUUGUUAUACCAGCUACAGUUAUUAUUAUGGUCGUCAGUGGGCAAGUUUUAAAUAUUUUGAAAAAUUUUUAACGCCAUUUUUCCCAUUCACUUUUAUCCUCUUUAUCAACAUUAUGACUGUCAGACACAUCUUUGAGGCCAUUAAAGUGCGUAAGGGACUGAGGGGUCAGAGAAAAACUGAGAAUGACCCAGAGAUAGAGAGCAGAAAGAAAUCUGUGAUUUUACUCUUUGCCUUAUCUGCGAGCUUCAUACUUCUCUGGUUGGUGUAUAUUUUAUAUUUCUUUGAAACUGGUUAUUUCUUGGAUACUGAUGCAUUUUAUCUCUUUGAGCAAAUCGCAUAUAUGCUGCGGAACUUAAGCUGCUGCACAAAUGCAUUUAUUUAUGUGGUGACGCAUAAAAAUUUCAGAGACCAGUUAAAGUAUGCAGUGAAAUAUCCAGUUAUAAAGAUAAUACAAUUGACGAAUAAGUCCAAGUAAAUGAGAUCCAAUAUUAACUACAGCGAUGAUGGAAUGAGGAGUCCAUGUGAGGAAUGGACUGAAAGGCGAAGGAGGAGUAGCAACUUGAUACAACUCCUUUUCUAAUGGACAAGGAAUGCCUGCGUGAGCAACAAAGUGAAAGAGGCUGGAGGAGCAAAGCCAAUGUAACGUGCUGUUAGCAGUGAGCAACCUUUAUACAAACCUGAACAAUAAAAACGUAACUGACAGGAGAAUUAGACAUGCCAUAAAAAUUAAAAUUCAUCUCAAGCAAUCAGUUCUUAGUCAGUGAACAAGAUACAAAGAAAAUGACCUGGAGCACAGUAUCAUUGAUCACUACAGGCCAAAAUGGGAAACGCAAUGUCAGGCUCCUGCUCACUCUUCCUCACUGAAUACUCUGAUCUACACAUCUGGACAAAAUGUUAAAAGAAAGGUUUCUGUCAUAAAAAAGUAAAGAUUAUACUGUAAAUAUUCUGUGUCUUUUGAUUACAAAUGUAUUUUCAGCAAUACACUGUC